UUACUCAAAGAUACUUCAUAUGCGUCAUAGAUACGGUAUGUGGGCUUUUUAGGUUUGGGGAAGGACAUGCUGUGGAAAACGGCAAAAUCAAAUCUGCAAUUGCGCAGCGGAAAGUGAGUGGAAACGUUGGAAUAAAGCAGCAGAAGGUUACGCAGACUGUCCGCAUAGGCCGAGCGAUGUCGCGAUGGUGGCAUGAUUGGAGCUGUCCCGCUGACCAUAGACGGCACGUGAUGGUCAUUUGACGAACUUGAUGCCUCAGGCACAUAUUUUCUACAAGGUCAAUCGUACGUCCUCAACCUUACAGAUUAGGCACUCAAGUCUACACAUAAUGUAUGGCAGAUGUAUUUUCAAUUGUAUACACUUCAAGAUAACACAACAAACACUAAAUGCUACUUUCCAUUUGUCUCACCAAGCAAUUGCGCCUUUGCGGAUUCAAUUGAAAUCAUCUGUAUAUCUAUCAAACACUCCUACUCCUACCUACAGCGACAAACAGCCCUUGGAACCAAUGAUGAGGCAGACAAACGAAACCCCACCUCACACCCAAGCCCUAACAAUCCCUGCACAUCAAACUAUCGAAACUCCAACUCACGACACUCACCGAGAAAGCAACCCCCGAAAGCAAAGCCCAUCAAAGACCAACAUUGACAGGCAACAACAACGCACACGAGAACGGGCCUCCGUCCAAGGCGCCGACGCCCCUCGGCAAAAAAACAAGCAUACAGCAUCUGCCAAGGCAGCGCGGCCCCCAAGCGCACCCAGCCGUAAAGCACGUCCGCCUCUACGACUCUACGUCCGUAUUACGCUCGCUUGAGAUAUUUUUGGCCCCGCUGGAGCCUGGCGGCGGCGUGCAGCUUCCGUAACCCCGCCGAUCUCACUACCCCGUGCUUUCUCAUGUCCGAGAUGCUCCCCACCCCCAGCCAAAAACAAGUCUGGGGCACCGCAAUUUGCUAUCCCGACGAUGACGCCGUCGAUGCCAAUGUCCUUUUCUUGCUACCCG